AUGCCAGAAACUGUUGGGCAACAUGAAGUGGAUCUUCUUGAUCCAAAGGAAUCGUUUGUUCCAGAUCCAAGUGCUCCCAAGCCAGAACCUGAAUUGGAUCUGUUAGAUACAGAGCAAUCGUGUAUCCCUGAACCAGAAGUGGAUCUUGUUGUUCCUUCUGAACCUAAACUGGAUCUGGUUGAUCCGGAGGAAUCACUUGCCAGCCCAAAAGAAACUACCAAAGCCGUGAAGAAUAAGAAAGUUCAUGGCUUCGUUGUAACCAAGAGAGUAGGAUAUGCUACAGUGAGGAAUACGAAAAAAACCUUCCUCCAGAACGACAGAUCGAACUCAGCAUGGCCUGAGAUGGAUCUGAAUGUUGGUGAACCAAAACCUAUUGAGGAUUUGGUUGCUCCUCCUAAAUGGGAUCUGGUUGAUGCGGUGGAACUGUACACCACGAGUCCUAGCGUUCCUGAGCCGGACUCUGAGGAGGAUCUGGAUGAUCCUCUUGAACGUGAAUGGGAUAAGGACUCGAUGGAAUUAUAUGCCCCGGGUUCAAGUGUCCCUGAGCCAGACCCUGAAGAGGAUUUGGUUGAUUCAGUGGAACUGUACCUCCCGGGUCCAAGCGUUCUCAAGCCACGACCUGAAUGGGAUCUGGCUACUCCAGUGGAUUUGGGUGCACCAAGUCCAAGCGUUCUUGAGCCAGAGUCAACAGUGUUAUCUGAACUUGCAAGUUUGGAAAACUACGUCCCUUUAACCAUGCUCCAACUAGAGGAUCGUUUGAAGCAGUGUACACUGCUCAAACAAAGACAUGUCACCAAUGUCUGGCCCAGGGUCUUCAUCGGAGACGAAGAGGCCGCAACAGACCGAGAUAUGCUGCAGGAGAUGUGCAUCACUCACAUUCUGAACGCUGCAGCGCCCAAAAAGGACUUGAACUACUUCUUGGGAACAUCUUAUGUUGAAGAUCUAGAAGGAACAGUCAAUACAGGGUCCAGAUAUUACAGAGGCUUGCACAUCAAUUAUUACAGCUUGCCUACAACGGACAGACACUGUUCUGACAUCAGCAAGUGCUUCAUGCCAGCUGCAAAAUUCAUUGACAAGGCCGUGAAUAAACCAGGGAGUAAGGUGUUGAUUUGCUGCAAGCAGGGUGUCGACCACUCUGCGACUCUGUUUCUGGCAUAUCUGAUGAUCUGCCAUGACAUGAUGGUGGAGGAUGCCAUUGAUCACGCCAUACAGUCGAGACGCAUCCAGCCCUCCAGAGACUUCCUGAAGAAGCUGAUGCUCCUCAAUGCUGACCUUGUGAACAAGCGAAAACUAAAGUUAGAGGACAUAAAAAAAGGCAAAAAGAGGAGAAAAUGGCAGCUAAAAAAAAAGUGUAGAAAUAUACUAAAAGAUAUACAAGAAAAUGUUCACAUCUAGAAAUGUCAAUAAAAUGAAUGGAUAAUGUCCUGAUAAUGAGCUGCUUUGUUUUGUAAUAUAUUUAUUUUUUACAGUGCAAAUGAAUUUCUGCACUGAUCGAAUCAAAAUCCUAUCAGCAUUGUAUUUUAUGUAUGUACUUUAAUGAAUUGCUUACAGUGCAAAUGAAUAAGUGCACAGAUAAAAAACUAAAUAGAGGCAUUGUUAGAUGCCAGUGUUUCGUGAUAUAAUUUCUAUGCAAAGAUUUGAUUAAAAAAAAUCUUUCAGUAUCGUAGCCAGGGCCAUAGCUGGGGUCAGCGGGGCCCCGGUGAAAGUUGUACCAGUGGGCCCUGUUUGAAAUUGUUUAAUUUAUAUGUUCAUGUUUAAGUUGUCUCAGGUGUGUAGGUGUCCAGGUACAGAAAACAAAGAAUUAAAUAUAAAAUAGCACUGCAUAGUCUUCACUGUAUACGUUUAAUUAACAGUCAAACCAAAAUGUAUUCAGACACCUUCAACAUUUCUUACAUUAUCACAGUUUAUUUGCUCUAGUUUAUAAAAUGGUAAUAAAAUAUGACAAGAUCUCAAGAGUUAAA